AUGACUAUACAAUCAACACCUGUUCUUAUGGCCUUUUAUCAUGUUGCCCCAGUCGAAAACUGGACAUGUGUUAAUGUAGUGGAGUAUUAUCGUUCUAAAAUAGGGAAAAAGGACUUUAAAGAGGUGUUAGAUCGUAUAAAGAAAGAUCUUCAAGAGAUUGCAAAUUCUAAUUCCGAUUUUGAUACAAUUCGCAAAAGAAAAGCACAAGAAAUCAUCGAUAACUGGAAGAUUAGUCCAUACAGUGAUGAACUGUUAGUUCGACGCUUAGCGCAAGCUGGGACUGUUAGAAUGGACUCUUUCGAUGAAGAACCUGAAAAAAGAUCAGCGAAUCAAUAUUCAGAACAACAAAUACUUGCGUCUGGUGCCAUAAACAGCCAUUGUACAACUCUUGGAAAACGUCAAAAUGAUGAUUCCGAAAAAACUCCCAAAGAAAAACGCCAAGAUACAGGGGAUAGAAAAACCAUAAAUGAGCCUGUGGAAAUCACUGAUGACCCGGAAAGUGAUACACAAGCGAUUAAUACCGAACAAAAUUUAGAUAAAAAACAAGUUGAGGAAGAACUUGCGAUACGGCAUGCCCUUCUCGAUUUCAUCGCAAUGUUUAAAAAUCUACCAAAGGUAUUGAAUCGGGAUAUGUCCGAAAGAACGUAUAUAGUUGAAUCUAUUUCACCUAUUUUUCGAUCUUUCAGAAAUGCAUUCCCUGAAGUUAAAUACGAAUGGAUCGAGAAGGAUGUUAGAUCAGUGAAGGAAGCAGGAAGCAUGUUUGCAAUUAAUAUCAAGUCUCGGAAGACUGAUCUCCUAGUUAUAAGGCUCUCUGAUGCAACUGAAAUCUUACAUGUUGAAGUUUCCGGCCCGCCUUUUAAAGCGGAUAAAAAACACACGAUCGGUGACAUUAAAAAAUUGCUAAUGAUGGCGGCAAUUGGGGACAAAUUAACAUUAUUUUCCGUAUCACUUGUUGAUAAGAAAAAAUACUUAGCCAUUGAAUUAGCUUCCUGUGUAAUUCCCUUUUCGUUCGAAGAAAUUGGGUGUUAUAUAAAAAUUUUUAAGUUUUUUGCUAUUAUAAGGAAUGAGCUCAAUGAACAAAAAAAACUUUUAAAAAAAUUUCGUACUUUUGUGCCUUCUGUUGAAGAUGAUACCAGUAAACUACGAGAAUGGAUAGACUUACCGGAAGAUAAUCUAAUACCUGUAACAGAAGAGGAAAUGGAUGAACUUUUUUUAAAUGGUGAAUGA